UGAUUUUAUUUCGGGAGGCUUUUAACGCGUCGUAUAACCAUAAUAAUCAUAAUAACAAACGAUAAUUACCCAAACGUAUAAAAUAGAAGACGAAUGUUUAUAGCGCGCCGUCAAGCAACAACACAACUAACACAGAUACUACAUCUGCGCGCCACAUUUCGUCGCGCUUUCGUCAUGGCUGGCAGCUACAAGUUCAGCGAGGUCGAUGGAGAUCUCUUCUCGGCCCCCAAGACGCAUUCGCUGGCGCAUUGCGUUGGCGCCGAUCUUGCCAUGGGCGCCGGCAUUGCAGUCAAGUUCAAGGAAGUCUAUGGGAAAGUGGAUGAACUACGUGCUCAGAAUGCAGGAAGCGGUGAAGUUGCUGUGCUCAAGGAUGAUCAACGUUACAUCUAUUAUCUAGUGACCAAGCCACAGAGCUGGGGCAAACCAACUUAUGACUCUCUGCAGUCAUCGCUGGAGCAGAUGCGUGAGCAUAUGCUUAAGAACCAGAUUGAUAAGCUGGCCAUUCCGCGCAUUGGCUGUGGCAUCGAUGGCCUGGAGUGGGACAAAGUCAGCGCAUUGCUCGAGCAGGUCUUUGGCAAGGAGCAGGUGGAAAUUGUUGUUUACAACUACGUACCGCCGCAAUAGAAAUCUCUUAAAAUUAAUUAUACUGCCUCUUUAUUAUGUUGUAGUGCCUGGCACAUAAUUAUACACAACAAGCUCAACGGCGUCAGCCUCAAAAAUCUCA